AUGGCUGCAACACUGGUGAAACACAACGACACUCCUCCAUUCGCUGAUCACAAAGAUUUGCACAAGGUCAUCGACACAACGCAACUUGGUGAUGUCCCCUGGCAAUGUCUCUCUGAUGAUGUCCCAUCAUGGAUGGAUGACGAAUAUGAGGUCUGGUACAGGGACCCUCGCAUAAUGGCGCACAACAUGCUAGCGAACCCUACCUACAAGGAUGAAAUUGACUAUACACCAUUUUGUGAGUAUGAUGCGUCAGAUGACACACGUCGAUGGAAAGACUUUAUGUCUGGAGACUGGGCAUGGCAACAGGCCGACAAGAUCUUAAAAGAUCCAGACACGCACAGAUCUGCGUUCGUCCCAAUCAUUCUUGGUAGUGACAAGACUACCGUCUCUGUGGGUACAGGUAACAACCAAUACUAUCCCCUGUAUGCCUCGAUCGGUAAUGUGCACAACAACAUACGCUGUGCUCACCGUGACGUUCUUGUUGUUAUUGGUUUCCUUGCUAUUCCCAAAACUAGUAAGAACCAUGCUAAAGAAGAGGCAUUCCGGAUGUUUCGCUGUCAGCUAUUCCACCGCUCACUAUCCGCAAUUCUCACCAGCCUGAAGCCUGCGAUGACCAAGUACGAGGUUCUGUGCUGCGGAGAUGGCCAUUUUCGACGUAUCAUAUAUGGCCUAGGGCCCUACAUAGCAGACUAUGAAGAACAAGUGGUGCUGUCCUGUAUUGUUCGAAAUUGGUGCCCAAAAUUCCUUGCAAUUCGAACAAACCUCGAUGCCGGUGGUAUAUACUGCUGUCGUGAGCAUACAGAUUUGAUGGUACAUGAAGUACAUCCAGAUGUAUUGUGGGAUGAAUAUGGUAUUAUUAGUGAUCUCAUUCCAUUCAUGAAUGACUUCCCCCGGGCUGAUAUUCAUGAAUUGUUAUCAUUUGAUCUCCUCCACCAGCUAAUCAAAGGCGCUUUCAAGGACCACCUUGUGGACUGGGUGGUAAAAAUUGCUGCUGUAGCAUCGUUCUCGGGCCUACGGAGAUUUCCCGAAGGCUGUGGCUUCAAACAGUGGACAGGCGACGAUUCUAAAGUGCUAAUGAAAGUCUUUCUUCCGGCUAUUGAAGGCCAUGUGCCUCAAGAUAUGGUGCGCACAUUUCGUGCACUCUUAGAAUUUUGUUAUCUCGUGCGGCGCAACAUUAUUACUGAAGACACCCUGAAUCAAAUUGAAGAUGUGCUUGCUUGGUUUCACCGCUACCGCGAAAUAUUCAAAACCUCAGGCGUCGCUGAUACCUUCUCGCUCCCCCGUCAGCACUCAAUGGUCCAUUACAUAGACAUGAUCAGACUCUUCGGUGCCUCGAAUGGAUUAUGUUCGUCAAUCACGGAAUCGAAGCACAUUAAGGCGGUAAAGAAUCCUUGGCGAUGGUCCAGCAAGAACAAUGCUCUCGGCCAGAUGCUUUUGACUAAUCAACGCCUCGACAAGCUUGCAGCAUCUCGCGUGGACUUUGCUAUGCAAGGAAUGCUCGUUGCACGGAUGGUACCAGUGUUAGCAAAGGAAGUCGAUGUGCCACAUCUGCGAUGCCUUAUCCGCCACUUUCUGUUCUCUCAACUUUUCCCCAAGGAUCCCCGCAACCCCGAAGACGUCCCAGCUGCUACCUGCCCUCGACAUGAAGGCAAGCUUUGUGUCUUUAAUUCUGCUGCCACAACAUUCUAUGCUCCCAGUGAUCCGAGCGGCAUCGGUGGCAUGCGACGUGAGCAUAUCCGCACCUGUCCAUAUUGGAGGAACAUUUAUGCUCGCAAUGAUUGUGUGUUCAUACACACUGAUUCAGACCUUGAGGGGAUAGUUGUAUGUUUCUUUUCUUUCAAAUUCAAAAAGAAAGUAUAUCCAUGUGCUCUCAUCCAUUGGUUUGACAAGGUUAGUGACUGCACUGAUGAAGACACUGGCAUGUGGAUGGUUCGUCCAAGUUUUCAUGACGAUGACUCCCAACACCUUGCUGUUAUUCAUAUUGAGUCGAUCUAUCGUGCAUCACACCUGAUCCCUGUCUAUGGUUCUGAUUUCAUCCCCCAUUCUCUCAAGUUCUACCAUUCUUAUGAUGAUUUCCGGACAUUUUAUAUAGCAUUUUGA